AUGCAAAAUGCAGUUGAAGAAGAAAUACAUAUGGCUUCUUCGCCUCCUGCUGGGAGAAAGAGGGGGAGAGGGAGCAAGAAGAUUAAAGAUGCCGAGGUGAUGACUAAUAUCGGUGAUUCGGAGGGUUUAGAAUUGGGUGAGAAAGAAGAUGCCAAGAAUGGUCAUUAUAAGGUUACUGGUGGGUUUAGUGGGAGACAGUUAAGAAGUAGGAAGAAUGUGUCUCGGGAUGAUUCAAUGAAGAUAAAGAACGACAAAGGAAGUGACGAGGUUCAUCCGUUGGAUGAAAGUUCUGAAGGCAUAAAUGGCCGAAAGCAAUCAACGAGGAAUGCUAGGAAACGAGAUCUGGGUGGGGCAUUCAACAGUGACGUGGAAAAGGUUGAAGUUGUUUCUAGGGUGACACGGCAGUCCAGGGCACAAUCCAAAGAUGAAAUUUCUAUGGUUAAAAAUGAAGUUAAAAUAGUUGAGGCAAUGGAUGGAAAUGAAACAAAGAAGCCUCUGAGACGAACAAAAAGUAAUUCAGAAAAAGAUAGUGAUGGAAGUGCUGCAUCUGUGAAAAGUGAUGCUCAGGUAACAAAGGUUCAAGAACAAUCUGAAAGAGAUGUUGCACUCAUGGAACCUCCAGAAUGUUUAAGGAGAUAUUCUUCCAGGCAAAAAUCUGGUGUAUCUCAGAGUGAUAGUAGUGAGGUUGAGAGGGACAAGUAUGCGGUUAUUUCACAACAGCAAGUUCCCUUGAGGAGGAGCAGGCGGAAGACUGUGAUUAUUUCUGCUUCAGCUGUUAAGUUGGCAAAUAAGGAAGAUAUUGGUGAAAUGAAGCACUUAAUAGCACCACUUCUAGGGAAAGGCACGACCAAAGCAUUGGAUGCUAUUGUGGAAGAUGGUAGUGAGGUUAAUAGGGCUAAGUAUGCCGCGACUUCACAACACCAGGCCACCUUGAGGAGGGGCAGGCGCAAGACUGGGAUUCUUACUGCUCCGGCUGUUGAGUUGGCAAAUAAGGAAGAUCAAAUUGCUGUUUCCAAAAGUGAUCAGGGGGUUAAGCAGCAAGUGCAAGAGCCUAUUUUGGAAGAAGAAGAAACUUCUGCUCGUGAUCAUCCAAUGAAACAGAAACCCCAAAGAAAAUCCAGACAUAUUACUUCUAAAGGUGCCUCUGUUGCACCUUCUAAUUCAACAGCCAAAGGUGUCAAGAAGAAACGGCAAAGCAAGUCUAGAAUGGAGCUUGUAGAAGAGGAAGCUGCACCUACUGAGAAUCUUCCAUCUCCUGAAGAAUUACCAGAUGGAAAGGAUGUGCAAUUUGUUGUGUCAGAAUGUGCAGGAGAUAAUCUUGAUUUGGACGUUAGCAAACAAGUUGUCAACAGUGGUGAUGCAUGUUCUAACAAAAGCAGAAAGGAAUUUAGAAGGAAUUCUGGAGCGAAGCAGUGUGGAUUUGCGGAGGCCUGUCCUAUAUUUCUUAACAUGGAGGAAGACAAGGAUUCUGCAGAAAAUAUGGAGGAAACUAUUACUGCAUCACCUGUGAAGUUGGUAGGCUCUUCUAAAGACCAAGAAAAGAAGCAGUAUGCUCACAAAUCUGUGGUGGUUUAUGAGAAGGAAAGCAAUAUAGUAGAAGAUGACGUAGAGAAUUUAGUCAAUGGCGGCAAUAUUGAGACUGAAGUGAAUUGCAUUUCAAGUCAGACUGUCAAUAAAACAUGUGUAUUGGAUGAUGUUAACUGGUCGGACCUCAAGCAGCUGAAGCGUGAAAGCAAGGGUAGUCAAGGAGUGGAUUCUUCUCUGAUAACCUUGCCAGCCGAAAGCCAUGGAACUGAAGUGUCUGAUCAAGAAAUGAACGAAGAUAUAAAUUUACUGGACGAACAUUCUUCACAUGAAUCUUUGGUUGUUUUCAAGGAGGAUAGAGCCCUUGUGGAAAGUGAGGUCCAGGUUGAUGCUGCUGACAGUGAAAUGAAUCACCAUUCCUCAACUUGGUUUUCAAAUCAAAGGGGAGCCGUUACAGACUCUAAUGGGGUUAAAUCUAGGCUGGUAGAGUUUGAAAGUAAUGUUAUCAACAUGGAUGAGAUAACUUCUAGAGACAAUGGUCAUUCAUUAGCUGAUCAAAGAGAUCUCACAGGUGCAAUCUCCGCCUUCCUUCAAUCGGAGAAAGAAUUGGAGACAGAGCUACCAGUUGGUGAAAACACUAACUUCAUGAGUGAUGAUGCGACGGAUGCUAUAAGCAGAACUCCUUCGGGAGAGGCUCAGAUCAUAGUGGAAUUAGAAGAUACCAAUGUCACUGCUGCUGAAUCUGUCAAGGAGGAAGGUUUUGACAUUAAUAGAUCUAGUGAAAUUACUGAUUUGAAGAGUGAAUUACAAAAUUUCCUGAAGAAAGCUGAAGAAAUGACUGCUACCGAUGUCUCACAUAGUGAAGGGAUUCCACACACAGAGUGUUCAGUUGAGGCUGCUGAAAAUCAAGAGAGUGGUGCACAAUCUCAUUCUGCUACUGCUAAAACCGAUGCUCAAAAGAUACUUGAAAUCCAGCAGAGCUCUUAUAGCAACACUGUUACCUCAGGAACUCCAUUUGGUGGACCUGCACCAGGAAACCAAUUUGAAGAUAUGUGCAGGGCUGAAGCUGCUGAUGCAGCAGGAAGAGGGAUGUUUGAUCAAGAAAGGAGUGAAGAUCCAAAUCCAGGAAAUGAACACUGUAUUCAUGAAUCUGUAAUAGUAUACGUGGAGAAUACUGGAUUGGUGAAAAAUGCUGAAGAGAAAAGGAUACAUGAUUAUUAUUUUGAAAAUGAGUCUUCCCCGUCCUCAAAUAGAACAGGUGCUGUUGAUGAUUCUAACUUGGUUGAAUCUAGAGUAGUAGGUUCUGAAAGUAGAGGUAGCAAAGCCGUUUGUUCGCAGAUAGCUUCCUUGGCUGAUGUAUUUUCUUCUGCUGACCAUGCUGGGAAAACUUCAAGUCGUAUGGAGCUUAAGAAGGUAUUGGAGAUGCAAGAACCUUCUGGAAACAUGAACUCUAUGAACUAUAAUAUGAAUGCUGAAGGAAUCAGUACACCAGUUGUGGAGGACCAAAUAAAAGGGAAAUUAGAAAAUGCCAAUAUGACUGUUGCUGACUCAGUUGAGGAGGUAAUGUUCAAUGAUCUCCUGAAUGAACUUGGUGAAAGUAUUGGUUUGAAGAGAAGAUCAGAAACUCCCUUGAAGACAUCUGAAAAACUGAGUUCUAAUAUGUUUUCUAAUGGAGAACAAAUUAUACUCACAGAGAGUUCUGUUAAAGCUGAAAAGCAAGAACAUAGAACUGCAGUUGACGUUGCUGCAGCAAUAAGUGGUACACCAAAUACUAAAGAAAUGAAGAGUAGAUCAAGAAGUGAUACUGCUACUCGCAUAACUUCAGUUGGACUUGUACCACAAGGCCAAGUUCAAGAUAAAUUAUACAGUGCUGAGAUUACUAUCAGUUUGAUGGAGGAUGAAAAGGAGAAACAGCUUCAGGAUGAUAUCAUUAUGGGUUUUAUUGAGGACGCUUUGGUUGAAGUUGCAAGCAAUGCUAACAAAGUAGUUUCUUCUAGGACGACCUAUCUUGCUGAUUUUUACCCUUCAGUGAAACUUCAAAUGAGUUGA